UACAAUUCAAGAUGGCGCACAAAGAGCACGUUCUGGAAUAAUCUUGUGAUUAUUAGCAGUCUUUAGUAAUAUUGACUAUAUAAUUGGUUUUAUUAUAUGAUCAAAAAUGUGUUCAUAAAGAGUUUCAUUCUUCUAAUUAUAAAAUUACAAUAUGUGAAAAAUAUAUUAGAUACUUAAUUAGUGAUUGUUGAACGAAAUCAAAUAAACAUUAAGAAAGAAUGACUCGUUAUAGUGUUGUUGAGUAUUAUCCUCAAGAAGAAGGACAUUCGUGUGGUUAUUGCAAACGUCCAGAUACUAAUUUUAGUUAUGGCAUGUGGGCACACUGUUUGACAGUUAAUGAUUAUCAAAACUUAAUAGACAGAGGAUGGAGAAGAAGUGGUAGUUAUUGUUAUAAACCUAAAAUGGAUGUAACAUGUUGUCCUAUGUAUACUAUCAGAUGUGAAGCUUUAAACUUUAAAAUUUCGAAGUCACAGAAAAAAAUUUUAAAACGUAUGACAAAGUUUUUAAAAAAUGAACUAAAGAAAGAUGAUAUUAAGGAUACAAAUGAUGAACGACAUGAUAUUACUGAUAUAAAUUUUGAUGAAAUUCCGAAUAAGCCGACAACACUAGAGCAAAAAGAUAUUAUCAAAUUAAAUGUAUCAUCUAUAGAUAAUGAACCUAAUGAAAAAUUAAAUCCUGAUACGUUACAUUGUAGUAAGAAUGUUUGUGAUUUAAAGAAAGAACCAGAUUUAGACAGUAGUGAUUCUAUGAUAAAUUCUGAUGGAAGUAUAGCUGUUGCUGUAAAAACAAGUACAAUGCAAGAAAGUGAUAAUCCUAGCAAUAUACCUUGUAAAAAAGCAAAACUUUUACGCAUAGAACGCAAACAAAAGAAACUUUUAGCUCAAGGGAAAUCAUUAAAAGAAAUUGAAACUGCCUUUAAAGAAAGCAAGCAACAGAAUAAUGUUAAAUCUUUGGAAGAACUUUUUGAAGAAAUAUGGACUGGUACCAAAAAAUUAGAGCUGAAACUAGUUAGAACUUCACCGAUGAGCUCUGGAUAUGUAAUGUCUUCAAAAAAAUCUUAUGAGGUCUAUAGAAAAUAUCAAAACACAAUACACCGGAUUCCAACAGAGAAGAUUACAGAGCAACAAUAUACAAGGUUUCUUGUGAGAUCCCCAUUACAGGAAUGGACACCUGAAAAUGGUCCACCUCAAGGAUAUGGUUCCUUUCACGAACAAUACUGGUUGGAUAAUGAACUGAUUGCUGUUGGUGUUAUAGAUAUUUUACCAUCGUGUGUUUCAAGUGUAUAUUUCUUUUAUGAUCCAGAAUAUUCUUUUCUUUCUUUAGGAACAUUCAGUUCUUUAAGAGAAAUUUACUUAACAAGACAUCUUAAUAAAGUUGCAAAUAAUUUAAAAUAUUAUUACAUGGGAUUUUAUAUACAUACUUGCCCUAAGAUGCAAUACAAAGCUAGAUUGAAACCAUCUAAGCUUUUAUGUCCAGAAACUUAUGUUUGGUUUGACAUUGAACCUUGUUUAAAAAAUUUAGAUAAAAAUAAGUAUUGUAGAUUCAAUGAGGAUGUAAAUGCCAUAGAUGAAGAUGGUGCAGUGGACAUUAAUAAGAUGUUAAUUUUUUACAAUGAGAUAGCAAUGACUUAUGGAGCUUAUAAAAUACGUGCGAAUAAAGAGACUGUAAAACGUGAAGAAAAUGAAUUAAGAAAAUACGCUAGCCUAAUUGGAGUAAAAUGUGCGAAAAGUCUACUUCUUUAUCGUCAUUAAUUUCUAAAAAAAAAAAAAAAAAAA